UCUCAUUCGUGUAAGCUUCGGAUUACUAGGCUCAUUGCGGAGAAUUGCUGUCGACACAUGGCGUAAGUAGGAGGGAAGAGAUUGCUGACAAAGCUCUCAUCGCGCUGAUAUCUCGACGACCAACUGGAAAUGUCAGAUCUACAAAACAUUCAUCUGCGAGAGGAUUCCAGUAACAACACUACACCGAGAGUGAAGCCUCAACCUGAAUCUUCCAAAAUACGCGUUCCUUUCUUCUACGCUCCGAGUGACGAUGGAACUGACGAGAACCUACUGAUCCUCUUCCACGGAUUGGGAGACACCCACAUCCCGUUCUCGAAGUUGGGCAAGCAAUUCAAACUGCCGCAGACAGCAGUGCUAGCCAUUCGCGCUCCAGACCAAGUUCCCUUUCUCUAUGAAGACGCGUUCGAAUGGUACACCUCCUUUGAUCCCCUCGGCGACCUUCUCCCCCGCCCCAACCCAACUCCCGCCCUCGAUCUCUUAGACAGUAUAUUCCAGCACCUCACGGACGACUGCACUUGGCCCACCAACCGCAUCCAUCUUUUCGGCUUUGCACAAGGCGGUAGCGUCGCUGCUGAGUACGGAGUACGGAGACACCGAGAAACGCUGGGAUCUAUCACAACCGUCUCCGGGCCACUGCUCUCGUUCCCUACACUGACGGCGCGGAGCCUGACGCCCGUUCUCGUAGCCUACCGCCCCGCUGCGAUGCCUGCUACCGAGCUAGCUCCCUUCAGGAAGGCCUUUGACCGUGUCGUCGAACACAAAAUGAAUGCUCAGGGUGGUAUGCCCGCCUCGAGAAACGAGUGGGAACCGAUCAUGCGAUUCUGGAGUGAAGUGCUCAGCAAGAGACGGGUCGAGGGUAUGUACGAGGUGAUGAGCGGGAUGAGCAGCAGUACGUGA